UGCAAGAAGUUGGCGGGGUGGGGGAGAGUUUUAGCAAAAAUAUUCAUAUUUCAAACAUUUCGCAUCAGCGUGAAAAAUUUUGUCGGAUUGAUUUUAGAGCGUCGGUAAUUUUAGCGCCAGGGUCGCCGCCUCGGCGGCCGCCAUUUUGGCUGACGUAGAAACAAGGGAUUCCGGUCGGUGGUGCGCGGUCGCGCGGUUGCCGUCUGUGGAGUGUGGACGUGGAUCGUUACGCGGCAGCGUCGGAGGCGGCCGUGAGAGAUCGAGGACUGGACGUUCUGGCGGUGGCCUAAGUGGACGGAGUGUACGAUGACAAGCGGUUGGUGAAGGGCGUCGCGGACUCGCGAGGCUUGGACUGACAAGCCGCCAUUCGCCGCAGACUGGGCUGAGGCGAAAUUGGACGCGUCAGAGACUGGCGUCAUAUUUCGUCUUUGAAGACUUCGAUGGGAUUCUUUAACGGAUAAUAUUCGAUUUGCAAUGUCUGCGUGAUAUCAGACUUUUUAACAUGGCCCAACUUCUAAACAAAGAUCCUGCUGUGUACAGGAAGGAAGCAGAUGCCUUCCUCUCUGAUUUGAAAGGAUUUCAUGGAGGGAGAGGGACUGCAUUCCAACGCACACCGAAGAUAGGCGGCACAGAUGUUGACCUCUACCUGCUCUAUGUGCUGGUUACAACCCGUGGAGGAUGGGAGAAGGUGAACGACUACAACGAGUGGGACACCCUGGCACCUCUGUUCGGCAUGCCUAUGGCCUGCGUCAACGUCGGCCUGGCUCUCAAACAGAUCUACCUGAGGUAUCUGGACCACUACGAGAAGGUGCACUUCCACGGCGAGGAGCUGUACGGCCGGCACGACGAUGAGAUGAUCAUGCACGACUCGACGUCGCGUUCAUCGCGACGGCACAACGUGCGCGCGCUCAACGCCGUGCCGAUGACGUACAACAGUGGACAGCACAUCGUGUCAGACGCGCUCCGUCAGUCGCUGGGGAUGAGCGCACCACGUCAACCUUCCGAGUACGACCGGCUACUGCUGUCACUACUCGGACCUCUACCCAACGAGCAGGACUUCGCCAUCAACCUGUGCACCCUGCUCAGCAACGAGGGACGCCACGAGCUGAGGCUCAACAAGCACCCCCGGCUGCUGGGAGCUCUCCUAGCUCACGCCGGUGUUUUCACAGACGGGUACACACAAAAGUAUAUGCUGGAGAACUACUCGCGCACCAAGCGGCAGAACCUGGUGGCGUUCUGGCGGGACAGUCUCUCUGAGAAGAAGCUGCUGCGGCUGCUGUCGGUGCACUACGCGCCUGAGCGGCGGCCGCAGACCGGGCCGGCCGGCGGCCGUGACCCGGCGCUGCUCUUCUCGCCGGCCCGCGCCGAGCUGCACCACCUCAGCGACAGUGAGAGCGAGGAGGAGCCGGACGCCGAGCUGGAGGCCGAGGUGGCCGCUCUGUCCUCCCCGUCCGGCUCGGCAGCCACGGACGAGGACGACCUGUUCUGUCUGGGCACCCAGCUGGGUGUGCUGGAGCGCACCGGUCACCGGGUGCUCCAGGUGGCUCAGGUGCUCCGCAGUCUCAGCUUCGAGCCGGAGAACGCGGCAGUGAUGGCGGCCAGCGCGGCCUGCCUGCGGUUCCUGCUGCUCUGCGCCCACUGCCGCUGGGGCAGUCUGAGCAGCAGUGCGCGGGACACGCUCGGUAACAUCGCCGGUGACGUGGUACUGCGUGACGCCGCCUCCGACCGGCUGGGACGGCUGCUGGUGCACUAUGUGGCGCGCGGUGUGCAGCACGCCGAUCGAUCAGUAGUGCUCGCCAGCCUGGAGGUGCUCAACAAACUGGCGCAGGACGAGCGCAACGAGGAGCCGCUGGUGGCCGCGCUGGACACGCGCAUUAUGCAGACCGUGUGCACCUACCUGUCGCUGCACGACAUCCUGCUACUCAUCAGCAGCCUCGAGUGUCUGCUGGGACUGACCUCGCUGGGCGAGGACACGUGCCGGGCGGUGGCGCGGGCGCCCGGAGCCGUCAGCAUGCUCGUCUCCCUCGUAACUGUGGAGGCGCAGAGCUACGGACCGCGCGCCUGUAUCCUGAUGAAGGUUAUGCAAACUCCUGUGACGGCGGCGCCGGCGGCCCUGUCAGCACAACAGCCAGGUCAGGUGGUCCAGCAGUCCAGUCAGCUAGUUCAGCAGCCGGGUCAGCUGGUCCAGCAGCCCGGCCAGCCGCAGCAGGUGCUGCAGCAGCAGCAGCCCCAGCAGCAGCCGGCUCAGCACGCCCCUCAGCCGGCGCCUGGAGCCGUACGAAUCCAGCCGGCGCCGACGCCGGGCCAGCAGCCGAUCCAGCCGGCGCCGCCACCCCCUCCGCCGCCGCCGGCGCCGGCGACCACGGUGCGCCAGGUGCCGAUGCCGUUCAUCCAGCCGUCCCAGCCGACCGUCCUGCCCAAGGGUCCCACCUCCCACCUGACGGGAGCGCCGACCGAGAACACCCUCUGGACAGUGAAGUGGCUGCAGACGGUGUGUGAGAUCUCGGCCGGCCAGAGCAUCGAGCAGGGCGUGCUGUACAAACAGUACACCGCCUCGGCGGCCGCCCAGCACUGGAAGGGCAUCAUCACCCAGGGAGAGUUCGCCAACUGCGUCAAGUCGGUGUUCGGCUCGGCUGUGACGGCCGUGGCCCGGCGAGUACCCAGUGGCGUGACCGAGUACCACUUCGAGGGUAUCCGCUCCAAGCUACAAAUCGUCACCACCGUGGUACAGCAGCCAACGGCGGUGGCGGCGGCGCCGCGGCCGCCCCCGCCGGUCUCCGCGCCGGCGCCGGCGCCGGCCGCCCCGCCGCCGCCGCCGCCGCCACUGGCGUCCUCCGCUCCAGUGACGUCAUCCAUACUGAAGGCGCAGCUGUCAGCGCCUCCGCGACCCGAGGUGCUGCGCGCCAAGGAGCAACUGCCUCCCGUGUCUAGUCAGGCGGUUCCGUCGAGCCCGCGCCUCUCGCAGGCGCUGCUCGGCGGCGGACCGGCGCCGUCCGCCUCCAGCUCGCUCAUCAAGUCGCUGCUAGCCAGCAAGGUAGCGCCUUCGCCGCCGCCGCCGACGACCAGCGUGACAGUGUCGUCAUCGUCGCCGGCGGGAGGCCUCAGUCCGAGCUGUUUUACCACGCCGCAGGCGCAGGUGGCCAGGAACAUGCAAAACAAGCGACUGGCAGUGAACGGCGUCAGUGAGAACGAGCCGCCGACGGAGCAGACGCCACCGCCGUCGGACCCGGCGGCCGCCGGCGACGGGGCCGUGCACAACGGCGUCAAACCUUCUCCGCCCAACUCCAACAGCAACAGCAACGCCGGCUGCGGAGAGGGCCUGCUGGCCGACCUGCUGGAGCGCAAGGUGGCGCCCGUGAACGGCAUCGACAAGGAGCUGCGCAUCGGAGACCGCGGCCUCGAGCUGGUCAACAACAACAACGGAACGGGCGGCGGCGAGGGCGACGAACAGCCGUCCGGGGCCGUCAACGGCGGCGCGCCGCCCGCCAAACGCAACGGAACCGAUCUGCUCGCCUCGGCGCUGGAUAUGGCCGGUCUGAUGGACGACCUGGGAGCCAUGGACGACGACGACCCGGCGCCGGCCAGCCCGCCGCCGCCGCCGGCGCCACCCACGCCUCCGCCGGCGCCGGCGGCCACGGCGCCGCAGACGCCGCCCCAGCAGCCGCCGGCCGGCCAGCAGGGCUUCAAGAGGCCGGCCGAGGGGGUGGCAGGCGGAGAGGCCAAGCGUCUGCAGCUGGGCGCCCAGCCGGUGGCGCUCCAGUCGGCGGUGACGGCCGGCGGCCAGCAGGUAGUCAUGGUGCCGCAGAGCAUGGCCAACAUGGUGCUGAAGCUGCCGGCCAACGUCAGUCAGGGACAGCAGCUGCUGCUGCCGCAGGGCCAGCUCAUGAUGACCUCGUCCGGCCAGCUUGUGCUGGGCCAGCACCAGGCGCAGGUGAUGGUACAGGGUGCCGGCACCGGCAACGUGGUGGUGGGUCAGCCGGCCGUGGGGCAGCCGCAGACCGUGCUGGUGGCGCAGACGCCGCAACAGCAGGGCACCGCCACGCGCACACUCAUCUUCCUGCCGCCGCACCAGAAGGUGUACGUGUCCCAGCCGGGAGUGACGCACCAGGGGCAGCUGAUGGUGCAGGUCACCCGCGCCGGCGGACAGACCCAGGUGGUCAACAGUACCGUGGUGACCGGCUCACGGGCGGCGCAGCAGCACCUGCGCGGCCAGCCGCAGCCCAUCGUCAGCGCGCAGCCGGCGGCGGCGGUCGUCCGACCGGCGGCCAGUCCUCAGCCGGCGCGGCCGCCGGCGCCGGCCCCGCAGCACCAGCCGGCUCCGGCUCCGGUGCCGCCGCCGGCUGUGGUGCGCUCCUCGCAGCCGGUGGCGCCGCCUGCCCCGCCGUCGGCGCCGGCGGUGGCGCGCGCGCCUAGCGUGGCGCCGACGCCCGAGAGCGUGGUGAACCGUCCGCUGCCGGCAGGCCUGCUGUGCGAGUGGCGCGGGUGUCUGCGCGGCUUCCCGACGGCCUACGCCGUCUACCAGCACGCCAUCGAGGCGCACUGUCCGCCGCAGCUCACCGACAUCCCGUGCCUGUGGGAGCGCUGCGACGGCAUGAUCCGCAAGCGGUACUCGAUGAUGACCCACCUUCAGGACCGGCACUGUCCCGAACAGAUGUUGCGGCUGAUGCGGAGGCGACGGGAACAACUGCAGGCCACUGGCAAGACGGACAUCCCGACGCCGUCCGCCCCGCCGCCGCACCCUGGCUACGCCAACAACGCGGCGCUGCAGGCCAUCCGGCGGCACGCGCUCUCCGAGGUGAAGCCGCCGCCCGACGAGAAGGAGGGCCCCGUCACAAAGUCGAUCCGGCUCACGGCCGCGCUCAUCCUGCGCAACAUAGCCGUCUUCUCGCAGCACGGCCGAAGGGUGCUGCGCGCGCACGAGAGCCACCUGCUGAACAUCGCCGCCAGCAGCGCCGAGUCGUCGCGCACAAUUGGUCAGCUGCUGGCUGAUCUGCACGAGGCUGACCCGAGCUGACUGGCGCCGGCGCCGAGCGCCGGCCCGGCCCACCCCCAACUGUGAUCACCACUCACCCGACGACACUCAUUCUCUCACACCAUCUGUAAUGUUCAUCUGGGCGCCGCCGCCGCCGCCGGCGAGAGCGCCCGCCCACGCCCGCGCGCGCGCGCGUCGCCCCUCUCAGGCUUAUUUUGUCAUGAAUGCGCGCUCGGCGCCGCGCCGCGCCGGCGCAAAGUACAAAGUCGCGUCGUUUUAGGCACCGCAGCGAGCGUGGGCCGUGCGCUCGGCAAAUCGGUUGUUGUCGAUGUCUUGUUUAUGCUCUGGUAACCCUGCGCACUUUCCGGGGUCGUGCCGCCCGCCCUAGGUGGUGUUGCGGCACGCUUUUGUAGGUGGCGAAACUUUUGUAUUUACGAGUCGCUGUUAUUUAUGUCCAAAGUCGAGUUUGUACCAUGCCAGACUGCGAGGGUGCGGGCGCGCGGAAGGGACAGGCUAGUCAGCGUGCUCCAACUCGAGUUCCGACAAGUCGUUUUUAUUGGAAGGGCGUCCUGUCCUUGCGUGCGCCUUUAUCGAAUAAUAAAUUUUAUUGCAGCUAUGUUGGCA